GUGGCGGCCCCGCCCCGUCUCCUGGACCAGCCGCGGCCGCCAGCGCCGCCGCAGCCGCAGGGACCGGGCGGACGCAGCAAAGGCGUGCGGUGCGGGCCGGAAGUUCCCUCAGAAAAACCACACAUCUCCCCAGCCCACCAUGGCAGACGAAAUCGAUUUCACUACUGGAGAUGCAGGGGCUUCCAGCACUUAUCCUAUGCAGUGCUCAGCCCUGCGCAAAAACGGCUUCGUGGUGCUCAAAGGGCGUCCAUGCAAAAUCGUGGAGAUGUCAACUUCCAAGACUGGGAAGCAUGGUCAUGCCAAGGUACACCUUGUUGGAAUUGACAUUUUCACUGGCAAAAAAUAUGAAGAUAUUUGUCCUUCCACUCACAACAUGGAUGUUCCAAAUAUUAAGAGAAAUGAUUAUCAACUCAUAUGCAUUCAGGAUGGUUACCUUUCCCUGCUGACAGAAACUGGCGAAGUCCGUGAGGAUCUCAAGCUGCCAGAAGGUGAACUGGGCAAAGAAAUCGAAGGGAAGUACAAUGCAGGUGAAGAUGUGCAGGUGUCCGUCAUGUGCGCCAUGAGUGAAGAAUACGCUGUAGCCAUAAAGCCCUGCAAAUAGGCAGGGCCCUGAGCACAAGCAGGUCCACUGGGUCUGGAUCUAGUUGUCCCAAAGCUAUGGCCUUCAUAAGCAACCUCAUGUUUGUUUUUGUUAUGUUUUUAUUGUUUUAAAAAUGUGCUGGCUUAGGUUUGCAGGCAGUUAGUAAGUUUAAAUGAAUAUACCAAGAUGUAUAAUUUUAUAAGUAUCUUUCCUAUAACACUCCUGUGGUUUUCAUCAUGUGACCAUAAGACACAAAUACAACAGCUUCAGUAAUGUCACUUGUCUGAGCAAAUCACUCCUGAACUUAAGUGGUUAACAAACCAGGGUUUAAAGUCAGCAAUGUAGCAGCUAGUGGAAUGGAAGUGCCAUGCUUUUCAGCCAAAUUGCUUUGUGCUGAUUUCAGACUUAAUAUCCAGAGUCAUAGAUUAUAAAAUGGUCUGUGUGACAAACACACAUCUUGAAACAACUCUUUUUAUCAUUCUCUUGGUGGCCAGGUGUCCCAUGUAUUCCCUUCAUCAUGUUUUUCUGUGCCAGGUUGGUGAUGACAGACAUACAGGGAACAUGGAGGGAACAGAACUGCUGAGUAAGUCUGAGCAAGUUCACCCAGUGGAGAAGAAGACCAGGGUAGAGGCAAAGCAGGGGUUAACGCUGUAGCUUUUAUUGAAGACCUUUUAAUCAGCACAGAAAGUGAAGGAGCUCUGGUUGUAUUUUUGCUUUUGGCUAUGUCCCAGCCUCUGCCUCAGCACAGCAGUGACCUUUGCAGAGACACUCACUACUUCCAGCCAUAAUGCUUAAGUGGUCAUGGUGUUGGUAACCCAGCCCUUCCAGCAAUUUUUUAAGUAAUUUGUUUUUAACAUUAGACUGAAAUUAGGAAUUUUUAAGUUGAUUUGGAAUUCCUGACUUUGAUUUGUUAAAUAUGUGCACACUUCUCUAAAGUGAUAGGUGUGAACCAUGGAAGAAAGAUUACCUUAUGUGAAAACUAGCUUAAGUGUGUGCAUACCUUAUAUCUCUUGGGACUUGGUUCUUUACUGAUGUGAAAUAUAAGUAGGAAAGGGUUCUGUGACCUGGAUUGUUUUGCUGCGUCGUAGGUAAUGCCCCUCCAUUCUGUUUAGACUUUUGGAUCGUGUGUAAAUUGUGUCUAAAAUUGUAGACAUAGUUGUAGGCUUGUGAGGAACAGACAAAAUCACAAUCAUGGCAUUGGAGCACAACUUAGAGCAAAAUUCCUCUGAACAACACCUCAAUUCUCUGAGGCUGGCUCUCCUCUCAGGUCCCUUUCUCGUGUCUGGACUCUUUGUUCCCAUCUAGAAAAAAUGUGUGACAAGGUAACUCAUCUAAUGAGCAACUUGAAAUAGCAUUACAAAUGGAAGAUCCCAAGAUUUUAGUUGCUUAAUUUGUAUGCAGUUUUAAAUCUUGUCUUGGCCUCCACAAACCAAUCCAGAGAAGCAGCAAGAUACAGUACGAGACGUGCCAGGAAGAGGUGUCUAAAGCACAAGAACAUUGAAGUUGUCGCCAGUUGACUUUAGUGUGACCCUUUAGCUUUUGCACGUGCAAAGCACAAUUAGGAAUUAGGCUGAAUUCUUCCCAGGUAUCUGCUCUGUGCUGCUUUAGAUUUCUGCUGUUAGGAUGUGUUCCUGGCAGUGCCGCUUGACGGGGUACGUAGGAAUUGCAGGAAGUUAUUUCUCUCUGCUCUUCUCUGGUCAUUGGCUGGCUAGUAAGUAGCCACACUGGUGUUUUGAUUUCAUAUUCUUCAGGAGUAGCAUGCCCUUUUCCUUCCUAACUUAUCAAACUCCACAUGCACCUCUAUUUUUCAUUGUAGUGUACAUAUAAAUUAGAGCAAUGUACCUCUAGCUCCAUACCUUGAAUGGCAAAAGCUACUUAGGCCUAAGUAUUUCAUUUUAAAUACUAUAUAAGUGUAUAUACUCCAACAUGUAACUAUAGAUUUUAAAGAUACAGGACUGUUUAUUUUCACAUAAGUCAGUAGAUGUUUCUCUUAAAGCAUAAUAUUUCAUUUAGUAAAGCUUUAUAAAUUAUAUUAAAGGGAAGCAGGAAACAUGUAUUUUUUAACAGAAAUUGCUUCUUUUGACAUCAGAGAAAUGCUAAGAGUUGAUUACAAGUAUUUGUUGUACUCGUAGCAGAUCUCCAGUUUCCCAGGCACCAUGUUGAGAACGGAGUUCAUUCAGACGUCACCACAUGUCUGUGUCUGUACAUGUGUGUUUCUUUCUUUGCCAUGUAGACAGUAUUAACAGGUUGAGCAUUUUUGUUCUAGAAUAACAGCUUAAUUUCCACCAUGAAGACUUUGCCACACUGGUACAAUUGUGUGCCCUCUGACAUAGGUCAGACCUUUUUGGCUUUGACUUGGUCUUUGCAUCCUUCAUGCCUCCUGGGGGCUGUCAGUCACUUGAAGUGGUUACCAAGCUCUUGACUCUGUUCCCCUUCAUAGUACAGAUUUCUAUGCCAGUGCUUGAUAUCAGUGACCAAAACUCUCGCAGCCAGACGUGAUAUCUUUAAGAACACGCUGCAUGCGAUGUUUAGAAAAUCUGGGGAUACAUGCUUUUCACUAGUGCACAGUGUGAGUGUGUGUAUAAAUACACAUAGCUUUGUUCAUUUCUCAAAGUCCUUCCAACUAUUAAAUGUACUGUAGUCUGGUAGUGCCUCAAAUGUUGGUUUGAUUUUUGUGUUUUUUUAAUUUAUAAGUUUUCCAGAAUUUGUUUUUGACUUUUAAGGCUACUCGACUAGAUUGUUUCUAGUUGAGCUGGAAUUCAAAUGCAUUGUUCUCAGGGCUGUUUGUGCUAGGAGCUGAAGUGUCAUUAUUUAAAGAUAGCUGCCUACAAAUAUAUUGCAAGUUUUUCCCACGUCAUGAUACUGUAAUACAUACAAAUAAAAAUUCUUAGUAAAACAUUUAAGCUGUCUGGUAAGCAUUUUUUUAAAAUGGGAGCAUUAGUAGCAGCUGUACUGGAAUCUUGCUGUAGCUUACUCUAGAGUAAAAUCCCAGGGGUCUUUCCACUGGAGCCCUGUCCUUAGUGAUAUAUCUGAGAGCAUGUUUCUGGCAUGGACGCCAAAGAGUGUUUUGGAGCUAGACAUUGAAUCUGUGUUCUCAGACACAUUCAAGAGCAGACAGGAAAUUCCGUACUGUUUUGGGUAUCUGAAAAUGUUUACAUGCUGAAUCCACACUUGCUAUGAGAAAAUAUGGAUGUCUAGUAUAAGAUCAAAGCUAUCAAGGCAUAUUUCCACAGACAGUAUACUAUACUGACAUGAACUUUUAAAUCUUCUAAUAUUUAAGUAGAAUAUAUCAUAGUUCUUAAGCCUUUUUUCUGUUAACAUUUCGAUGAAUAAGAGGCAACAAAGACUUUUUUUAAAUCUAUGGUAGACAAAUCUUAAAAUUGAAUCUAUUAACUUAAAUCUGUGAAAUGCAUUCUCUGAAUUGGACAAACAACAUUAUUAUUUGAUUGUAGAGGGAACAUUGGGUCUUAGCUUAUGGAGCACAGAUGUUCUGUGGAAACAGGGUUUGAAGUCACUAUGUAAUUUAAUUUUUCCAUUAACCCAAACACUGACUUAACUACCAAGUGAGAUCACACACCUGAAAGGAGCUGUAGAUAUCUAAUAAAUAUGUUUUCUUCAUGUGGAGGACGCAUUGUAGGGCAGUGUGCAAAAGGCCAUCACCUGCUAUAAACAUAAUCAUUGCCAAACUUUUCCAUCACUGCUCUUGACACUUAAACCAGGCCUGGGCCUAUCUACAGUAACAAGGGAGAUUCUUUUCUGUAGAUGAAGUUUUUAGAAACCAUUUCCAGAUGCUGGCGGGAUUUGGUCAUCUUAGUUUGAAACUGUACUUUUAAAAACACUGGAUACUGAACUAUUAAGCAAUGUCUAAAGAGCCUGUGAGAGAUUGUGGCUGUGCUCUCUUAAGCUGAUUCUUUAUUGUGGUUAUUCUACUACAAGUAAGCAGUCAUCGUUACUACAAGGACUGCUCACAUUACUAUCUCUAACCACGAUAAACAAAUGACUGUUUCCCUAUUCUCAUCUACUCUUCCCCCUCCCUAGAAGAAAACAGAUCAAAGGACAUUGUCUAAUCCAUUGGCACUUUGUUAGGAUUAUUUUUUGUCUUAAAUAUAGGAUACUUAUUGAAUUUACUUGCAAAUGUUUUGUUAAAACUUUAAAAUUAUAAUAAGUUCUGAAUAUUAUAAUUGUACGUUUUACAUUUCAAAAGUAAGUAACUUUGAAUGUUAAAUCUCCAGCUAUACUAAUUUGUUACCUUAAAAUAUAUGUCUGUUAACUUCAUGUUAUAUUAAAUGAAAAUAAACUUAACAGUACACAAUUCUUA